AAACUCAUGCACUCUCUCCUCUCUUAUUUCUUUCUGUUAAACUCUCUUUUCUCUUUCGAUUUCGUUCAACAAUGGCACCAAAGGGAGAGAAGAAACCCGCCGAGAAGAAGCCAGCAGAGAAGGCGCCAGCAGAGAAAACCAAAGCCGAAAAGAAGAUCCCAAAGGAAGCAUCCUCCACCGACAAGAAGAAGAAGAGAAACAAGAAGAGCGUUGAAACCUACAAGAUCUACAUCUUCAAGGUUCUCAAGCAGGUUCAUCCUGACAUUGGUAUCUCAAGCAAGGCUAUGGGGAUCAUGAACAGCUUCAUCAAUGAUAUCUUUGAGAAGCUCGCUCAGGAAUCUUCCAGACUUGCGAGGUACAACAAGAAGCCUACAAUCACUUCUCGGGAGAUACAGACUGCUGUUCGUCUUGUUCUCCCCGGUGAACUUGCUAAGCAUGCUGUCUCUGAGGGAACCAAGGCUGUUACCAAAUUCACUAGCUCUUGAAUUCGAUACAUUUCUCUAGUUUAUAUAAUUAGGGUUUAUGUAAAGUUUAUUUUGGAUCUACUCGUUUUCAUGUGACAAUUAAUGAAAUUUUAUUUUUCCCUCAA